AUGACACUUAAAAAAGCUCAAUGGCUAUCGAUCGCCGGGUUGUUUUGUUUGGUCUUACCGAUCUCAGCUUCCGUGAUUGACGCCCCGCGUAAUAAUGUGGUGUCUAAUCAGUGUAUGAGUGAAGCUUGUGCUGAAGAGCGCUUAGAGACCGGAAACUGGCCAAUCUUGGACCCCAAUUGGUCUGAAGAGGACUUCGACUGGAUAGAGUUCAGUAGCAACGCCAAAAAAGCUGGGUACGAUAUAAAUUACUUUCUAGAUUGGGUGCCACAGCGUCUCACUCGUGACAAUCAAAGGAUACUUCGUUACUCCGUUAGGAUGGCGCGGUCAUACUUCGACUACGCAAUGGAAGCGAAGACUAUCAUCAAAAGAGAGAUGUAUGCGGAUUAUAUGCUAAAAAUCGCCGGGCAGUUGGGAGCAGACAUUGGUAACGUCAUCCAGGAGCUCAACGAAGCUUUUCUGUUCGAAAACAAGCUUUAUGACAUCAUUUCCGGGAACAAGUGGAGUAAGACUGAUGACAUCAGCUUGGAAGACUUGAAAAAACAGUGGCCUAGUAUCGACUGGAGCAGAUUCAUCGACAAAACUCUGAUUCCUUUUGUGGACACUAACGAGGAUCCGAUUUUCACCGUGUGGAACGCUACCUCUCUAACGGAAUUCGCUCUGUUGAUGGAGAAGACUCCCAAGCGCGUGCAAGCUAACUAUGCUGUCUGGAAGCUGAUUCAGUCCUCGGUUCCAUACCUGCCUGAGGAGUUCCGGAGAACAAGGAAGAUGUUCCUGAAACUAGUAGGCUAUCCAGAGGAGCCGCUCAGUAGUGAGUGUGCUCAGAUAGUCAUGACUAAUGUCAAGUACGCGGUGAUCAACCUGUACCUGGAUCAUUAUCAAAGCAGCCAAGGGACUAUCGAGAACAUGGUCACUGCGCUGAGCAACCAAAUGAUCAGGAUGAUUAGAGAAUCUGAUCUGGAUGACGAAGCUAAGCGUGAGGGGAUCAAGGCUAUCACUGAGAUGUCUGUUGUCUUUGGAACCUCGGAGAAGCUUUCCAUUUCGAAGGAAUUGAAGAGGUUCUACGCUGACGCGCUUGUGGUGAAGAACAACUUCUUGCAGACGCUUUUGAACCUCAAUGUCUUCAGAAUGAAGAAAGACUACAGUAACAAGGUCUUCUCUGAAGUUAUACAGCAUGAGUUUAACUCUCAUGAUCUAGCUCUUCCGGAGUACUUCGAUGGUCGUCUAUAUAUCCAGGUCUCGAUGAUUCCUAGCCCUCUAUUCAACAACGACAGACCAAUGUACAUGAACUUUGGAGCCGGAGGAUCCUACAUGGCUAUGGCAAUCGCGGAAGCGAUUGUCGACCUGGGACAGAACUCAUCCGGAAAGCUUAGGGAGCAAGCUGAGUGCUUCUCGCAUCUGUAUGAUGACCUGGAUCGAACGAAGGUUACCAAUGAUAGUGAAGAUGAAGUCCUAAGGAACAUGAUUACCCAGUACAUUGGGUUACGUGCUGCCUGGGCUACUUAUCAGAGCUGGGUAGCCAAGUACGGAACUGAACCAGCUUUAGAAGGAAUCCCUUACUCCCAAGAGCAGCUGUUCUGGAUAUCUUUUGCUCAGUCGUUCUGCUCCGAGUACAAGAAAUCCAAUGACCCGCUUGAUGGUGGCUCUUUUGGCCAAGGUGUCGUUGACUAUAAGAUGAUGAAGAUUCUAGCUAAUAUUCCGGAAAUUUCAGCGGACUUUCAGUGUCCUUAUGGGUCUCGGCUUAAUCCUGUAAAAAGAUGUUCUUGGUUUACAAGCAGACCAGUUGAUACUCCAAGAUGGAACACAAUCCAUUUCGAAAGUAAGCUUUUGCACAAGUGUAAUAUUGAAUCAUUGAUAAGCGAUGAUGGUUCCAGGUUCAACGAGCGUGUCUUGCUCUUAGCUGUGAUAGGAUUUAUCAGCUUCCUUCCAAGCUCUUCCAGCCAGCCGUCCGAUUUAGCAGCCCGAGUGAUAAAAUACCGCGACAGCAGCAUCAAUCCUUGUGAUAACUUCUACGCAUUCACCUGUGGAGGCUUCACGGAAGCCGACAAGGCUGAUGGCUACAACCUAGGAGCCAUGGCUACUAAGAACAUCAAGAAGCUGAUCCAGAAGGGAACUGCUUCUAAUGCCAAACCAUACAAGCUGAUUGAUGACAUCUACAAGACCUGCGUCAACAAGAAUGCAAGAGGACAGCAAGCUUUGGAGCUGAUGAAGAAGAUCAUCAAGAGUUUGGGGAACUGGCCGGUGUUGGAAGGUGAUAAGUGGAAGGAAGAUGACUUUAAUUGGGUUGAUUUCACAGGCAAUGCCAAGAAGGUUGGUUACAACAUCAAUUACUUCCUGGAUUGGGAACCAAAGCGUCAUGGACUAUCAAAAUUUGAAUACGUUCUCAAGAUGUCUCCAACUGACAUCGAAUCCUUCAUGGCGAAGAAACCUUCGCAGAAGCAAAUUUACAUGGAAUAUAGAUUAAAAAUAGCCGAACUUUUGGGGGCAACUAGAACCUUUAUUAAAGACAUGGCAGAAGCAUUAGACUUUGAAAGAAAGUUACUGAAUAUAAGUACCGAAAGGUGUCAAAUGAGCAACUUUACCAUCAAAGAGCUUCAGCAAAAGUGGCCCAGUAUUAAUUGGAUCGAAUUCGUUGGGAAAACUCUGACACCUUUCACGGAGGCGGACAAGCCUCUUUUGAUGGUUUCGGAUCCUGCUGCUCUUACGGAACUUGUUGAUCUUUUAGCCAAGACUCCGAAACGCGUACAAGCUAACUACGCAAUAUGGAAGAUUGUCCAGUAUUCAGUUCCUUAUCUGACUGAGGAGUUCAGGAAUGUGCAAAAGAAGUUUUAUCAGGAAGUUGGAUAUGUUGAGCAGCCUCUAGAGGAUUCUUGCGUUGAAAUGGUCAAGAAGUAUGCAGGAAUCGCUUUGCAGUACCUUCAUUUGAGCCAGUAUCAGAGCAGCCAGGUGAUUGUCAGAAAAAUGGUCGAGUAUAUUCAAAACGCGAUGAUAAAAAUGGUGGAAAGCUCGAAAACUAUGGAUGGUGUGACUAAAGAUAAGGGUGUCAAAGCUGUUAAGGGAACUCCAGUGACCAUUGGGCCGAUGGAGGAAUUGGUUAUUUCUGAAGAGUUGGAGAAAUACUACGCAGGUGCACGAGUUGUGGAAGAUAACUUACUGCAGACGGUCUUGAACUUGAAUUUGGUCAAAAUGAAGAAACCUUCUUUGUGUGUUGAUUCAGAGGAACCAGGGAUCCCGGAUGUUGUCGAGGGUCGCUUACACGUUCCAACAACCAUGAUUCCCGGACCCUUCUUCAAUGAAACUCGACCAAUGUACAUGAAUUUCGGCGCCAGUGGCACUUAUAUCUCUACCGGACUCGCCGACUUUUUCUUCCCCAGAGAAAAUCGGAAUCAAGAUUCCGUAAAAAAACAGCUUGAAUGUUUCCGACACUACUACGAUGACCUAUCUUCCGAGACAAAGCGAAAAAACCUCGAACGCAAUAGAUUCCAUGAAGACCUGAUAGUGCAGCGUCUUGGAUUCCGCAAUUCAUGGGCCGCUUACAGGACCUACACCGCCCAACAUGGCGCAGAACCUUCUCUUCCAGGGUUGCCUUACAGCGUAGACCAAUUGUUCUGGAUAUCCUUCGCGCAGUCAACUUGCUCGCAAUACUACGAGCUGAAGGAACAAAGGGACAUCAACAACAACCGAUUCAAUGCUGUUGAGUACAUGAUGACGAAGGUCCUGGCAACUGUUCCCGAGAUUUCAGAGGCUUUCCAAUGUCCUCUUGGUUCUACCCUUAAUCCUCUUCACAAAUGUCCUUGGAUUUCUGGCGUUUUGCUGCUAACUGUGAUAGGAUUGGUAUUUCUUCCGAAUUCUUCAGCAGCGGUGGUCGAUACUACGCAGAAUGACGUGGCGUCGCACAAGUGCACUGGGAACACUUGCUCGGUGGAACAAUCAGAAAUUGCGGCUCGAGUUACAAGAUACCGGGACGUCAACAUAAAUCCUUGCGACAACUUCUUCGGAUUCGCGUGUGGAGGCUACAAAAAAUCCGACAAGGCUGAUGAUUACAGUCAGCUGGAGGUCCUGAGGAACGAGAACAUCAAGAAGCUGAUCCAGAAGGGAACUUCUUCUGAUGCCAAACCGUACAAGCUGAUUGAUGACAUCUACAAGACCUGCGUCAACAAGAAUGCCAAAGGACAGCAAGCUUUGGAGCUGAUGAAGAAGAUCAUCAAGAGCUUGGGAAGCUGGCCGUUGUUGGAAGAUGAUAAUUGGAAGGAAGAUGACUUCAAUUGGAUUGAUUUCACUAGCAAUGCUAAGAAGGUCGGUUACAAUAUAAAUUACUUUUUGGAUUGGGAAUCUUCGACGAUCUACAAGGACAAGAAGAAGGUCAUCAGGUAUUCUGUUACGAUGGCUAGAACUCAUUUCAAUGGCACCAAAAGCAACGAAAUCGUUAAGCAGAAGUCAAUCUACACCGAGUUUAUGGUUAAGAUAGCAAAAUUAAUGGGCGCCAGUGACAACGCCAGCAAGGAACUGAACGACGCAUUUGAUUUCGAAGCUAAGCUCCAAGAAAUAAACGGCAGGAACGCUUCCGAUUACACACCACAAGUAACUUUAGGGAACUUUGAAAAGCAAAUCCCGGGGAUCGAAUGGAGCAAGUUCAUUGAGAAGACCUUGAAACCCUUUGUGGACCCUGAGGAGAAGCCGAUCAUGACAGCCAGGAACUUGACUGCCCUAACGGAAUUCGUUAAGCUGAUUGAGAAGACUCCCAAGCGCGUGCAAGCUAACUACGCCAUUUGGAAGCUGGUCCAGUACACGCUGCCGUUCUUGCCUAAUGAGUACCAGGAGGAGCAGAAGGCCUUCCAGAAGCAGGUAGCUUACACUGAAGCUCCGGUGGAAGACGUGUGUAUCCAAGUUGUCAAAAAGUAUGCCAAGUAUGCUGUAAACUCGCUGUACCUGGACCAGUACAAAAGCAGCCAGGAAACCAUCAAGACCAUGGUGGCGGCUGUCAAGGAAGACAUGAUUAAAAUGGUGAAGGAUUCCAAGACGCUGACUGAAGAGGAGAAGAACGGUGCUAUUGAGGUCGUUAAGAAGAUGGUCUACUCUAUUGGACCCUCGAAGAAACUUUUGGAUCCGAAAGAAUUGGAGAAGUUCUACGCGGAUGCUCAGAUUGUUGAAGACAACUUCUUACAGACGAUCUUGAACUUGAAUCUGUUCAAGCUGAAGAAGGAACUGAGCAACAAGGUCCAGUCUGAAGUCUUCCCGUUCUUCAUCGUCAAGACGAUCCAUCCUGGAAUUCCAGAGAACUUCAAUGGGUACUUGUACAUACCAAUUUCGAUGGUGUCCAGCCCAUACUUCAAUGCGAACCGUCCGAUGUACAUGAACUUGGGCGCCAGUGGGAGCUACAUAGCGACGAAUAUCUUCAAGUCGAUAUCUUUCUUUGGUCGGAAGUCUACGGAAGCUGGGGAAUUGGUCACUAACGACCGCGUUGAUUGCUUCCGCAACGAAUUCGUUAACCUGACUGACGCUUCCAAGCCCAACCUACGCAACAGAACUGUCGAAGAGAUGAUCAGCUACUUCAUGGGGCUUCGAACUGCUAGGGCUACUUACCAGAACUACGUCGCCAAAAAUGGAGCCGAGCAACCUCUUACUGGACUGACUCACACUCCUGAACAGCUCUUCUGGAUGUCGUUCUUCCAAGGGCUGUGUCCUGUUUAUUCAAAGUUGAGCGAGGCUGACCUCAACAAAGUCAACCGGGAAGCUCUGAUGGUUAAACUCAUGGCCAAUAUACCUGAAGUAGCUGCGGAUUUCAAGUGUCCUGCUGGGUCUAACCUCAAUCCUGAGAAAAGAUCCAUUUGUGCUGGUUCAAUCCCAGUACUUGAAGCAGCAGUAUGCAGCAGCGUCAUUUGCAACAAUGAAGCGGAGAGAAUCAUCAAAUUCCGCGAUGUCAGCGUGAAACCGUGCGACAAUUUCUUCCGAUUCGUCUGUGGGAAGUUUAACCAGCCUGAAUGGAUCCAAAACCAUGAAAUGGACCCACUGGCAAGAGUAGACGCUGAUACUUUGAUAAAGGAUAUGACAAGUUCUUCUUUCAAUCCCUACCAGUUUGCUGAUGAUCUCUUCAAGACCUGCAUGGAUCCUAAUUCUCUUGGAGAGAAAGAUGAAUAUAUGCUCAUCUUGCACCUGAACACCUUCCUCAGGUCGUUGGUCUUCAAAGAAGACAAGCCAAACGAGGCAAACUUCGAUUGGAUUGGAUUCACAGCCACUGCUAAGAAGCUUGGAUUCAGCACCAACUUCUUCUUGGACUUCAAACCCAGUCCUACUUAUGAUGCUCAGAACAGUUCUUUGAGAUAUUCCAUCCAGAUGGCUCCGUCGUACUUCGAUCCCUUGGUAGAUGGCAAUAACGCGACGCAGAGAGAAAUGUACCUCCAGUACAUCACCGACGUAAGACAACUCAUGGGUGAAGACGUCGACCAAAAGCAUCUGAAGAAUAUGUAUGACUUUGAAUGCAAGUUGGCUGAAAUAACAGUUCCAGAAAGUAAGUAUCACACGGAUGACAUCACCGUUGAAGAUCUCCAGAAGCGUUGGCCGAGUAUCGAUUGGAAGCGGUUGGUCGACGAAGUCUUGAUGCCUUUUGCUGAUCCGAAUGAGAAACCUGUCUUGACAGUUUGGAAUGACGAAGCUUUGACCAAGUUUGAAAAGCUGAUGAAAAAGACACCUGGACUGGUUUAUGCUCACUACUCUAUAUGGAAGGCCACGCAAUUUGGCGCUACGUUCUUCAAUAAAGAGGUCAGAGAAGUACACAAGACCUUCCACAGUCAACUGGGUCAUCCGGAAAAGCCGAGAAAAGUUGUUUGCGAAGAAGCGGUCAAGAAGUAUGCGCAGUAUGCUAUCCAGCAUAUGUAUCUAACCAAGCACAAGAAGAGUGUGGAGGUUAUCGAUGAGAUGACCAAGGCUAUCAAGAAGGAGAUGGUCAAGAUUAUCGAGGAGUCUAAGAUCUUGAACAAAGAGGAUAAGGAAGAGGGAAUCGAUAUCUUGGAAGAUAUGCCAGUUACAAUUGGUCCGUCGUCAAACUUGACUGAUUCUAAGAAAUUGGAGAAGUUUUAUGAAGGAGUUGAAGUUUUUAAAGACAAUUACCUGGAGACUAUCUUGAAGUUGAACGUCUUCUUGGCCAAAAAGGAGUAUAGUAACGCAGUUCACAAGGAAUUCUUUCAGUAUAUGGUGAAAGGUAUUCACUUUCCAGGAUUACCGGAUAACUACGCUGGGCAUCUUUACAUUCCGCUGAAUAUGAUACAAAGCGAGUCAUUUGACGCAGACCGUCCAAUGUACUUGAACUACGGCGCUGCUGGAGCAUUCAUGGCUCGCGAAAUGUUCAAAAGUCUGAGUCAUCUUGGAAGACAGUGGCUAGACAAUGGAACAGAGCUUGCAAAUGAUCACCUGGAUUGCUUCCGUAACCAAACUGUGAAGAUCUCAGAGCCUAAUCUGAAGAAAGCUAUAAGACAGCACGCAGAGAGAGAUUACAUCAGCUACAACGUUGGAUUCCGCGCUGUCUAUGCAGCUUAUCAAAAUUUUGUUAAAAAAUCUGGAGUGGAGCCAAAGCUACCGCAAUUGGGUUACACUCAAGAACAGCUGUUCUGGAUCUCGUUCGUCCACCCCGUUUGUUUUGCUAACGUCGAGCCAAACCAGCCGCGCAUUCACGGAGAUCAAAAGCUGACGAUGUUUGAAUACAUGCUUAUGAGUAUCUUGGCUAAUGAUCCGCAGAUUUCGAUUGAUUUUCAGUGUCCUCUUGGUUCUCAUAUCAAUCCUAAGAAUAAAUGUUCUUGGUUGUUGCUGCUGGUAGGAAGCAUUGGAGUCCUUUGGAUCCUUCCAAUCAUCAACGGAGCGAGCCUCACAUCUCCCGUAGGUCCAACCCACAAAUGCGUUGAUAAGGAUUGCCAGGUCGGGCGUCUGGAGAAGGCUGCUGAAAUCCUAGAAAAUCGGGACGAGAAUGUGAAACCUUGCGACAACUUCUUUAAGUAUGCCUGCGGGAAUUGGAAGGAAACACCCUGGACCAGUCUAGAAUUGUGGAGUGCUAUGAGAGGUUCUAUGAUGGAUCACACGAUUCACAAGACUACUGGGGAGGAAAAAUCUAAGGCGCACAAACUGAUCCAUGAUUUUUACACCACGUGUAUGGACGAAAAUGCUAGAGGAGACGAAGCUCUGGAGCUUUUCAAGAGCUUUGUUGUGGAUGCUUGGCCGCCUACGGCAGGUGAUAAGUUCAACGAAGCUGAUUUCUGCUGGAUGAAAUGGAUGGGCGAGGUUAAGCAAGUUGGGUUAAGCACCACUCCUUUUAUAGAUUGGGAACUUCAGUCUAAGUCAGGAGAUAGCUAUACUAUGCAUCAUAUGCUUCAUUUGCCCACUAGCUUGUUCGAAUUCAAAGCAAAUGCAGAUUACAACCAGCACUACGGUGACUACAUGAUCGUAGCAGCUCGACUUCUCGGAGCUACUGACGAGGCUAGCGAGCAGGAGCUCGACCCAGUGUUCCAGUUCGAGAAGAAGCUCUACGAUGCUACCUUGAAACCAAACCCAGGUAAGAUGGAAGACAUGACCAUCGAAGACAUGCAGAAAGAAUUCCCAGGCAUUGACUGGGCCAAGUUUGUCGAGAAGACUCUCACGCCUUUCGUGGAACCCGGUCACAAGACUAUCAUCACCGUCGAGAAUCCAGCAGCUCUGAAGGAGUUCAUCAAGGUGAUGAACGAGACGCCAAAACGCGUACAAGCUUCCUACGCUAUCUGGAAGGGAUUCCAGUACUCGAUGCCUUUUCUGACGGAAGAGUUCAAGGAGAUUCACCGCCAUUUCAUGAAGCAGAUCAAUUUCUCCGAAAUGCCGCGGAAGGAGUUCUGCGAAGGAUUGACCAAAGACUUUAUGUGGUACGGCAUCGAAGAUUGGAUCAUGGAGCAGUUCCCCUCCAGCAAGGAACUUAUCGAAGUGAUGUUCUCUAUGCUGAAGGCCAAGAUGAUAGAAAUGGCCCAGGAGUCCAAGGUGUUGACUGACGAUGAGAAGAACAAAGCAGUUGAGAUUUUAAACGCGUUAAAUUACACCAUAGGAAGUUCAAAGAAAUUUGGUGACAAGAACGAAUUAGAUGCAUUCUAUGCAGACGCGAAUGUUGACAAGGAAAACUUCCUCAAGUCAUUGAUGAAUAUGAACGCUUUUGUGAUGAAGAAGGAGAACAGCCAGAAAGUCGUUGAGGAACUCAUGAAAGACAGUGCCGGUCCGAUUUAUGAUUUUGGGAUGCCGAAGAAUCACGAGAAUCACUUGUAUUUUCCGAUCACGAUGAUACCAAGCCCAAUUUUCAAUGAGGAUCAUCCAUUGUACGUAAACUUUGGUGCGGCCGGCAGCCACAUGGCUCGAGAAAUGUUCAAUUCGCUGAAGAACCUUGGAAAAACCUGGACCGAACAAAUGGAAAAUCCCAAUGACCAGAUGAAGUGCUUCCAAAACUUGGGUCAGGGCAUCGACGAUCCAAUGUUGAAACACGCAUUUGCCGAAGGCAUCAUAGAUGAUAUCAUUGCCCAGUAUUUCGGAUUCCGUGCAGCCUACUAUGCCUAUAAACAGCUCACAGUUGACGUUGGCCCAGAAUUGGGCUUACCUGACUUACCCUAUACCGCUGACCAACUGUUCUGGAUAUCGUUCGCAAAUUCUUUAUGCAAUUUCCGGGCUGAAACGGAGAAGCUUCCUGUUCCAUUCAAAAACGGGAACAUUCUGGACUAUUCGAUGAUGACCAUGAUGAAGAAUAUCCCUGAAAUUUCAGAUGCUUUCGAAUGUCCAGCUGGUUCUAAUAUGAACUCUGCGGAAAAAUGCACCUGGUGGUGA